AUGAGUGAUGCCUGUAUCAAUUCCAAAUGGUUGCAGGUCGGUAUCGUGGGACGUACGGGAGCGGGUAAAUCAUCACUCAUAUCGGCUUUGUUUCGCCUGGCACCCAUUGACGGCCACGUGUACAUCGACGAUGUCGACACCGGCGAAAUUGCGCUCAAGGAGCUUAGAUCCAAGAUCGCCAUCAUUCCUCAGGAGCCGGUGUUAUUUUCUGCCAGCUUGCGAUACAACAUGGAUCCAUUUGACAAGUACACUGAUGCCGACAUAUGGCAGGCGUUAGAACAGGUGGAGUUGAAACAGAGCGUGACGUCACUGUCGGUGGCGGUGGCGGCGGGCGGCGCCAACUUCAGCGCGGGCCAGCGCCAGCUGCUGUGCCUGGCGCGCGCCGCGCUCGCGCGCAACCGCCUGCUUGUGCUCGACGAGGCCACCGCCAACGUCGACCCCAAUACUGAUGCCUUAAUCCAGAAAUCACUACGCAAAUACUUCGCCGAGUGCACAGUGAUAACUGUAGCUCAUCGACUGCACACUGUCGCCGACUCCGAUCGAGUCAUCGUCAUGGAAGCCGGUCAGAUUGUGGAAUCAGGUCAUCCACACGAGUUAUUACAGAAAAGUGACGGCUACUUCACCCGCAUGGUGAAGCAAUUGAGCCCCGCCUCGGGGCAGAGUCUCCGGGAGCUAGCCAACAACGCCUACGCGCAACACAUCACACGCCGACGAACAAGGCCAAUCUUAAUAUUUAAAUUAAAUAAUUUUGAAUAUUAG